AUGGUAGCAGUGGUGGUAGGAGUGGUAGUUGCAGUAGUGUUUUCAGUUGUGGUAUCCGUUGUGGUAGCUGUGGUGGUAGGUGUGGUAGUUGCAGUGGUGUUUUCAGUUGUGGUAUUCAUUGUGGUAGCUGUGGUGAGUGGUAGUUGCAGUGAUGUUUUCAGUGUGGUAUAUGUAGUGGUAGCUUUUGUGGUAGGAGUGGUAGUUGCAGUGGGGUUUUCAGUUGUGGUAUCUGUUGUGGUAGCUGUGGUGGUAGGAGUGGUAGUUGCAGUGAUGUUUUCAGUUGUUAUAUCCGUUGUGGUAGCUAUGGUGGCAGUUGCAGUGGUGAUUGCAGUUGUGGUAUCCGUUGUGGUAGCCGUGGUGGUAGGAGUGGUAGUUGCAGAGGUGUUUGCAGUUGUGGUGUCGUUGUGGGUAGCUGUGGUGGUAGUUGCAGUGGUGUUUGCAGUUGUGGUAUCCGUUGUGGUAGCUGUGGUGGUAGGAGUGGUAGUUGCAGUGGUGUUUGCAGUUGUGGUAUCCGUUGUGGUAGUUGUGGUGGCAGGAGUGGUAGUUGCAGUUGUUUUUGCAGUUGUGGUAUCCGUAGUGGUAGUUGUGGUGGUAGGAUGGUGUUUUGCAGUUGGCCGUUGUGUUUGUCAGUUGAGGUAUCCGUUGUGGUAG